AUGUAUGCCAAGGGCAAAGGCUCUACAGUGCCUUCGGACGCUCAAGCUCGCGAGAAGUUGGCACUUUAUGUGUACGAGUACUUACUACACGUCGGCGCCCAGAAAGCGGCACAGACUUUCCUUUCUGAAAUACGAUGGGAGAAGAAUAUAACGCUCGGCGAGCCCCCCGGGUUCUUGCAUUCGUGGUGGUGCGUGUUCUGGGAUCUUUAUUGCGCGGCGCCCGAGAGGCGGGACUCGUGUGAACACUCGUCCGAAGCCAAGGCCUUCCACGACUAUGGUUUUGUCAAUUCCGGAUACGGAGUGAACGGAAUCGGUCACAACGCCGGCCCGGCGCCUCCAAAUGACGGCAUGGGCGGUGGUGGCAUGCCGCCCGGUUUCUUCCCCAACUCCUCGCUCCGGCCGUCACCGCCGGCGCCCCACCCUGGCUCUCAACCUUCACCACACGGUCCCCAAGCACAACUGAUGGGUACUGGACAGCCAUUCAUAGGACCUUGGUACUCCGGUGGGCCGCGCUCAGGAGUGAGGAUGGGAAUGGGCAAUGAUUUCAAUGGACCACCCGGCCAGGGCAUGAUGGGCAACUCGCUGGAGCGCGGCGGGGGCGGCGGCGCCGGGCUGCUGGGCGGGCCGCGCAUGACGCCGCCGCGGCCCGGCUGCGGCCCGAUGAGCCCCGGCGCCUACGCGGCCGGCAUGCGCGGGCCUCCGCCCCAGGGACCAGGUAUGCCGCCAAUGGGUAUGGGCCCGCGUGGAGCGUGGUCCGGCGGGGGCGGGGGCGGAGGCGCCGCGCCGCUGAACUACAGCGGGGGCUCCCCGGGCGCUUACGGAGCCCCGCCCGGCUCCAACGGGCCGCCGGGGCCCCCCACGCCGAUAAUGCCCAGCCCCCAGGACUCCUCCAACUCGGGCGGUGACAACAUGUACACCCUGAUGAAGCCGGUGGGCGCGGGAGCCCUAGGGGCGGAGUUCCCGCUCGCCGGCGAGCACGGGCCCGCGGCGCAGCACCUGCCGCAGCCGCCCGCCUCCGAAGGGUUAGGCGGUGUGGACGGCAUGAAGUCAUCGCCGGGUGGGGUCGGUGGAGGUGGCCCGGGCACGCCGAGGGAGGACUCGGGUUCGGGGAUGGGGGAUUAUAACUUAAGUUUCGGGGGCCCCGGCGGCGACCAGAGCGACCAGACCGAGUCGGCGGCGAUCCUGAAGAUCAAGGAGAGCAUGCAGGAGGAGGCGAAGCGCUUCGAAAAGGACCCCGACCACCCGGACUACUUCAUGCAG